AUGCACUACCAUACUCUGCACUACCACACUCUGCACUACCAUACUCUGCACUACCAUACCCUGCACUGCCAUGCCCUCCAUUAUCAUACCCUGCACUAUCAUACCCUGCACUAUCAUACCCUGCACUACCAUGCCCUGCACUACCAUACACUGCACUACCACACCCUGCACUACCACACCCUGCACUACCACACUCUGCACUACCACACUCUGCACUACCACACUCUGCACUACCAUACCCUGCACUACUAUACCCUCGACCAUACCCUGCACUACAAUACCCUCCACUACCAUGCCCUGCACUAUCAUACCCUGCACUAUCAUACCCUGCACUACCAUACCCUGCACUACCAUACCAUGCACUACCAUACCAUGUACUACCACACCCUGCACUACCACACUCUGCACUACCACACUCUGCACUACCACACUCUGCACUACCAUACCCUGCACUACUAUACCCUCGACCAUACCCUGCACGACCAUACCCUGCACUACCAUACCCUCCACUACCAUACCCUCCACUAUGAUACCCUGCACUACCAUACUCUGCACUACCAUACCCUGCACUACAAUACCCUCCACUACCAUACCCUGCACUACCAUACCCUGCAUUACCAUACCCUGCACUACCAUACCCUCCACUACUAUACACUGCACUACCAUACCCUCCACUACCAUACCCUGCCCUACCACACCCUGCACUACCACACCUUGCACUACCAUACCCUGCACAACCAUACCCUGCACUACCAUACCCUGCACUACCAUACUCUGUACUACCAUACCCCCUGUCAUACCCUGCACUACCAUACCCUCCACUACCAUACCCCCUGUCAUACCCUGCACUACCAUACCCUGUACAACCAUACCCUGCACUGCCAUACCCUGCAGUUAUUUACCUGUGACAAGGUGGGACAGCUGGAUGCAAUUGUGAACAACAGCCAUAUCAAACACUCAUCCGUUCGUUUCUCAGUGCGCUUGCCCUGGUGA